UCUUGAGCUUAAAUUCUUCACUUAUAAUUGCUGGAUUUGCAGGCACAGCAAUGUCUUCGAUAGCAGCAGGAACUCUAUCUGGUUCAUCAUCUCAUAGUAUGUGGGCUAUGUUCAACCAGUUUCAGUUGUUUAUGAUGAUUCCAUUUUUAAGAGCAAUACUUCCGUUUGAAUUUAUUCAAACCUUAAAAGCUCUUGAGAUUACUAUUCUCAACAUUAACCUUGUGAAUAUUCGGACUCUUCCAAUUUUCAAAGAAAUCAUUGAUCACAUCGAUUACAAAAACCCAUACCAAGAGUUUAGGGAUAAUGAAUAUGAAUCAGGGAGUUCUCUAGUCAGCUGAUUUGAUAUCUUUGCAUAUCUUCUCGGGGCUACUCUCUUGGCUCUUCUCUUAUAUCCUUCUUUGAAAAUUUUCUGAAAGACAAAGAGUAAAGGAUGCUUAUCCAAAAUUUGCUGCUACGUUUCAGACUUCUUCUACUUCAAAUUUUAUUUUAGAUACUUGAUUGAAGUCUCCUUGCUUAUAUGCCUGAUUUCAGUUAGUGAGGUGUUCAGAAUCUCAGAUGCUUCAGCCAAUCUGAUCUCAUACAUUAUAAGUGUUAUUACUGUUUUCCUCCUGUUUUUGUUCAUGUGCUUGAUUCCUAUUUUGUAUUUCUCAGUGAAAAAUCCUCACGAAAACAAAUAUGUCAAAGAACUCUUUGAAGGAUUUAGAAAGAGCAAGUAUGCACAACUGUAUAAUUUUACGUUUCUCUUAAGAAGAUUCCUAAUAGUGGUGGUGAUUGUAGCUUUGAGAGAAGAUUAUCUGAUGCUGCGGCUUAUGGUUUUUGUACUUCUGCAAGUUUUAAUACUUGUCUUAGCAGUUAUUGUCAGACAUCAUGACCAAAAGUGUCCGAAUAUUAUUGAGAUUGUCAACGAAGUAUCCUACUCACUGACAAUAUUUUUAAUCAUUGCGCUGCAGAGAUACGAAUCAAGAAUCUUGGAAGUCCUUCUAAAUAAUUCAGUUAUUACCAACACGAUGGCUGUAUUGAUAAUUAGUGUUAUCAACCUUAUUUACCAAAUUUUAUUGAACUGAAAAUCGCGAAAGAAGAGCAAGAGAGUGUUGUCUUCAACGAAGAUUGUCACAGUAAAGAGUAGCCAGAAGUUUAACAUUCAGAAAAAGAUAUUUGCAAUAGAUAAUGAGGGGCAUGGAAACUCAAGUACAAAGAAAGAGACUGGAGGAACUACCAGGAGCGUCAGUAGAGAUAUUGAAAUGAGUAACGACCAGGGGAGAGGUAGCAGGAGGAGAGACCAAGUUUAUCCCAUUUUUAAUGAAGUUGAUACAAGGGAUUAUAAGCCAAGAGUUUACCAAAAACCUUCUAACACCACUCUACCUGGUCUCCGGACGCCAAGAUAAAACUAUUCAUCAUAAUUCCACCCAAACUCAAAAUCCCCUUCCCCUCC